AUGGCAAAUGAUGAGAUGCUUGUAUUCAAGGAUGUGAUGAUUCUGGCAUUAAGACAAAUGAACAAGACCUUUUAUUCUAAUAAAGAAGUAUUCCUUCGUGAACUUAUCAAUAAUGCUUCGAAUGCUUUAGAUCAAGUUCAAUUUGAGGGAAAUACACAUAAAAUCAUUUCAGAUGAUCGGUUGAUAAGAUUGGUUCCCCACAAGGCUAACAAAACACUUUCCAUCAUCGACUUUGGUAUUGGGUUGACAAAGGAAGAUUUGGCAUAUAAUUUGGGAGUUGGCUUCUACUCUGCUUAUUUGGUUGCCUACAAGGUUAUUGUCACUUCUAAGCACAAUGACCAUGAUCAAUAUAUCUGGGAAUCUCAACCAGAUGCCUCCUUCAUUGUUACCAAGGACAUCAAUGCCCAACAACCUUCAAGUGGAACAAAUAUCACCCUCUUCCUCUAUGAUAACCAGAGAUUUGGAUGUGUACGAAGAUCAUGGACGCUCUUGUUUGAAAAUUCUCAUUUUAUGAACCUCUUUCGUAAUAACUUCAUACGCAAUUAUCACUCAUACUAUGGAGAUGAAUGUUCUUCAAGUAUUCAUGGAAUUUUUUGCCUACAAGCACAAUAUAGACGACAACAUGCAUAUUUGUGGAACCCAACUAUCAAUGAAUUCAUGGUCAUUCCUCCUAGUCCAUUUGAUUAUGUACCAGAUUAUAUUGAUGUUGUCAUUUUGUAUCAUGGAUUUGGCUAUGAUUGUGUUAGAAAUGACUAUAAGGUGAUUAGGAAACUAUCAUUUCCUGCUGUUACCGAUGAUGAUGAUGAUGAUGAUGAUAAGUUAGCACAUGAUCGUUUCACCGUGGGAUGUGUGUGGGAGAUGUAUAGCCUAAGAAGUAACUCUUGGACAAACCUUCAAUUUGGUGGAG